CAGGCAGCAGCCUCCACAGCUAGCUUGCCAGUGGGCGCGAGAUGCACCAGCUUCCUCUGGCCGCACGGCCGCCGGCGCCGCGGCCUCGCAGUUUUCAGAGGAGGGCAGCCUGCCGCUGCAGCCUGAAGCAGGCGUCUGCUUCUCUCGCAGUGGCCGUGAGACAGUGCGCCGCCGCGCCACUCUUGGCCGCAACGCUCCUCCUCGGCGCCGCCGCGUGUCCGGACUUCCCUGCCGCCACUCCAGCAUUUGCACAAUCACGAGGCGCGGCGCUGUUCCAGAAGGCGUGCAUCGGGUGCCACGAUACCGGAGGGAACAUCCUACAGCCAGGAGCCACCCUCUCCAUGAAGGAUCUUGAGAGAAAUGGAGUUGCCACGGAGGAAGAGAUAUACAACAUCACGUACUACGGGAAGGGGAGGAUGCCGGGUUAUGGAGAGAAAUGCACCCCGAGAGGGCAGUGCACCUUUGGGCCCCGGUUACCUGAAGAAGAUAUCAAGAUGCUGGCAGCGUUUGUCAAAUCACAAGCCGAGAACGGGUGGCCAAAGAUCGACAGCGAUGUCGAGUGAUCCGAGUAGAAACCGAACACGAGGUGCUAGCUCUACUUCGUGAAUAGGCUGAGAGGAGCCGGUUGGAAAAUAUACUUGUCGACGCAGCUAGGGCCAUUUGGAUUAAAGAUUUUUUUUUGAGGAAUCCCAUCCAUAAGAUUUUUUUUCUAGCGAUUGGAGAUUGGAGAUUGGCUACUUGAGGUGGAACUUAGACUAUGGGACACAAUAGGUCUGUAUUUUCCUUCUUGGCUAUUUCAUAAUCUGUUGCCCUUUUUCGAUUUCCUUUUCUAAUUUCAUCAUUUUGUUCCAAAACAUGAGUAUCCUAGUCUAUGGAUCAACUAAAGGCAUCUCCAUCGGCCCGAUGCGAACA